CUCCCACCUCCACUAGCCAGUACAACGAGAGGUGAGGUUUGAGUAACUGUAAUGUCUUGUUGAACUUCAAAAUAAUGUCGAGAACAUGAACUAAAUGAGUCUUCUCGUCGAGUUAAUUAUCAUUAAGUUUAAUUAUGUUCUAGUAUUAUCAAUUGGAAUGCAAACAAAGUAUUUACAGUGUUUGUGCAGCCCUUAUUGUUGAUACUUGUGUGUACAUAUGUAAAUCUGCUUCAUACAACGAUUUUCAUAUUAAAAGAUUUAUUGGUGCAAAAUGUCGAAUUGUUGGUGAGAAAGUAACAAAAGUGCGAAAAGAAUAACAUAAAAUGCGUGGUUCAUUAGACAACGAUGUGACGCCAUGCGUUGCCGGCCAACGUAAAAAAAGAUUUCCUAGUCGAUGGUCUUUGAGGCAUCUUCUUUAUUCUAGUCCGAUUUUGAACAGGAGAAGAGGCCAGAACACGUCCGGCCCCUCCAAGGCUCACAGUAAAAAGGACGGAAAAGACGCAGUGGAUAGCAGGACUGGCAACAGUUCGAAAGAAAAUGACAAACACCACGUCGAAAUCCACCAGGCCACCAGUCGAACGUCCGUUUAUACUACAAGCACAAAGAGUGGUGAGGUUCUUUCUUCAUCGUUGGAAUGUCCUUUGUGUUUCGCCGAAUUACCAAUCGAAGAGUUUUGCGAAUUGGAAGCCUGCGGCCACAGGGCGUGCAUCCCAUGCUUCCAGCAAUACCUCAGAGUCGAAAUCACAGAAUCUCGUAUAUGCAUCUCGUGUCCCGAAUGCAUGGAAGCGAUGCAUCCGAACGAAAUCCGUUCGAUAUUGGACAACACCGCCCUCUUCGAGAAGUACGAGGACUUCAUGGUGCGCCGCGUGCUGGCCGUCGAUCCGGACACGCGCUGGUGUCCGGCGCCGGACUGCUCGUUCGCCGUCAUAGCCAGCGAAUGCGCCAGCUGCCCGAAGAUCAGGUGCGAACGGCCCGGUUGCGAUUCCUACUUUUGCUAUCACUGCAAAGCCGAAUGGCAUCCGAAUCAAACCUGCGACGCCGCCAGGGCGCAACGAUCGCCCAACAUCCGCUCGUCGUCCAUCACCUACAGCCAGGACUCUCAACACAGGGACGAUAUUAAACCAUGUCCUAGGUGUCAAGUACUUAUAGUGAAAAUGGACGACGGUUCGUGCAAUCACAUGAUGUGCGCCGUUUGCGGGGCGGAAUUCUGCUGGCUGUGCAUGAAGGAGAUUAACGACCUUCAUUUUCUUAGUCCGUCCGGUUGCACCUUUUGGGGCAAGAAACCGUGGUCGAGGAAGAAGAAAAUCUUAUGGCAAUUAGGAACUCUAGUCGGCGCGCCGGUCGGUAUCGCUCUGGUGGCGGGAAUUACCGUACCGGCAAUGGUGAUAGGCAUUCCAGUUUGGGUCGGUAGGAAGUUGUUUACCAGAUACAAAUCGUCGGGGAAGCACCGGAGGAACGCGGCCAUCGUCGGCGGCGUCGUGGCUUCGGUACUGAUAGCGCCUCUAUUGGCCGGUCUAGCGGUCGGAAUCGGCGUACCAAUACUACUGUUUUACGUCUACGGCGUGGUACCGGUGUCAUUGUGCCGUUCGGGCGGCUGCGGCGGUUCCUCCGCCUCCGAGGACUCCAACAUGGUGGCCUCCAGGCAAGCGGACGCCACCUCCAUCGACGCCGUCAGCACCAAGGGACCCAAUCCUUCGAUAGGCGAGGCCAGCUUGUCGUUAGCCAGCGGCAGUCAAGUACUUAGAGACAUCGAUAGGGAAUCGGCCAGCACGGUAGCGCUGGCGGGCAGCUUGAACCAGGCCGGGCAAAGACUGGAAGUGCAAGCUGAUCUCGCGUCCGCUCAGCGGUUCAGUCUGAGCAGUCUCAGCGAAUCGGUGAACGCGAGCAUCACGGACGACGCGGGCGCCAGCAUCAGGGCCUUGGCGGGUUCGAUGUUGAACUACAAGGCUCCCGGCAGCGAUUCCUGCAGUUGCAUAACGACGGAAGACUGUACGUCCGAGCGCGUCCGUUUCGACGACAACGUCAGCUUCAAGACGUCGUCGCAAGCGGAGAAGACCAGCAUUGGGAGCAGCUGUAGCUUCAGGGCUCGAUGCGCUACCAAGUCGGCCCUAUCCAAAACGGCUAAUGACAAAAUGUACGGUGAUACGUUGAGCAACGAUAGCGUGUGCAUAGAAAUCGAAGAGAAACCGAAGAAGUACGCAUCGCAGGCGGCAAUGUUGCGUAGUCAAUUUUUUCAUUCCAUCAACGACGGCAAGGCGACGACGAAGAGCCUGGACGACAAGACGAUCAUCGAGGUAUCGAACGAAACGUUGGAUAAGCAAUCGUCGCAGCCGCUGAUCGUGAGCGGCGCCGGUCAGGGUACGUCGCAGAUGGUCAAGUUGUCGGCUUCGUUGAAUUUCGAAAAUUCCAAGUUAUAGUUACCUACUAAUGUUCGUUUGUUAAGAUAAUAUGUCUUUCGGUUACGUCUGUAAUUUUUUCAUUUUUUUGUAGAUUUUUUCGCCCAAGACUGAUCUUUUUUGUUUCGUGUGUUUCGGUAUUGGCGUUUUGGUUUUUUUUACCGUUUGCGAAUUUGUUUGGUUGUGUAUCGGAAAAUCGUAUAAUUGAACUGAACUUUUUUUGCAACACACGCGAGCGCACAUUUUUAACUUAGGACUGUCCGGAUUUUUUUUAUUUUUAAAACGAGUUUUUAGGUGAUCGCUGUUUCAAUUGAUAAAUUGACUAAAGUUGGUAUUUAUUCGAAUUUCAUUAAUUUGUACAGUUGUGUAUAAUUGCAAAAUGUAUAUAAUUACUUAGGAAGAUAUAAUAAUGAAAACAAUACCGUUUAGAUACUUGAUAACUUUUAAAAACGCCAAUAUCCAUAUACUCUUGUUUUUCAGCAAGAAAAAUAAUGGAAGUUGAAUUUUGUUUGUUCUAUUUUUGUUAGAAAAACGAGUUGUUUUGAUGAAUUAAAUGGGAUACUCAGAUAAUUAAAAUCUAGUUAUAAAAUAAUCACGUUUCAAUAAUAAUCAAUUUUCAAGUUAUCUUAAACUGUGCGGCUUCAGAAUACAUGUAAAAUAAAAAAAAAAUAUUGUUUAAUCUUAUUUUUUUAUAUAAUCUUUUUAUUAUUUCGUUUGUAUGAAUGUUUUGUGAUUAAAAAAAUAUUAAUCGAGUUUUAGCAGGACAGUCUUUUUUUCUCUCGUUUAUUUUGCA